UCAGCCAGUGCAUCGCACCCCUUCUGCACGCAUCUCUCUCCCUCUCUGCUCACUCUCUCUCUCUCUCUCUCUCUCUCUCUCUCUCUCUCUCUCUGCCUCUCAGCAAAAGGGCGAUAUCAGCGGCACCACUGUCACUUUCAACGACCACACAGGGACAUGUACUGACUCGGAGGACGCAUCGAAACCUGCUCUCCAAGGCGUCAUAUUGAUUCCAGCAUCACUUUGGUGGAUUAUUAUUUAUUGUCAACAAAAAGUCAACGAUGGAGGAAUCCAGCUCACAGAAGUUGGUUUGGGACGGCGACGCCAAAGCCGUGCAGCAGUGUCUAACGGAUAUAUUCACCAGCGUCUACACCACAUGUGACAUUCCAGAAAAUGCCAUUUUCGGGCCUUGUGUUUUGAGCCACACGUCGUUGUAUGACAGCAUAGCCUUCGUAGCACUCAAAUCAACGGACAAACGAACGGCGCCGUACAUAUUCAGGGUGGACACGUCAGCAGCCAACAGCACGUCUGAGGGCUUGAUGUGGCUCCGGCUCGUGCAGUCGGCGCGGGACCGGGACGAGCAGAACCUCGAGGCCUAUGUGAAGAACGGACAGUUGUUCUACCGGUCUCUCCGGAGGAUCGUGAAGGACGAGGAGCUGUUGGUCUGGUACGGGAAAGACCUGAUUGAGCUGCUGCUUCUCAGCACCGGUAAAGCGCCAGUCAAGACCAAAGGGUCGGCUCCCUAUUCGUGUCCUGACUGCAACCAGCGCUUCCAGUUUGAGUUCCCUUUCCUGGCCCACCUGAGGUUCCGCUGCACCAAGAGACUACAGAGCAUGGCGGCGGGCGAUGUGGACGAAGAGGUCCUCAGUAAGGAGCCAAGCACCGAGCGCCCUAACCCCAACACUACCACCACCACGCCCACCAGAGCUAGCCCUAAACUGGGCCGCUCGGAGGGGGACAGCGCCAAACCCUCCACAGACUUCCAUAACUUAGCCAGGGACCUAGAGAACAGCCGGACUAGCCCGCCCAGCGACCGCGAGGCUGAGAUCCGCAGCGAGAGCUCUGGGAAGAGGAAGUUCUCAGAGGUAGAGGAUAGGGCUAGAGAGAGGGACAGGGACGGUAGCAGGGCCUCUCUGAGUCUGUCUCAGUCCCUCAAGUCUAAGGAGGAGCUGGCUAGCUCGGCACAGAACUACCGGGGAGCUUACGGCCUGGAGGAGAACAGACGAGGGCCCACGUUCUCCCCACCAGGGUCGGGAUCCACUGAGUCGGGUGGUGAGGGUAAACGCAGCGCCUUCACUGAGGUCAAGAAGUCUCCACAGAGCCUAAAGACGCAUGGUAACAGCAGCAGCAGCAAAAACCUCCAGAGCUCCAACGCCGAAAACAAGGACGGAGGUCGGCCCAGCCCCGGCAGCAACCCUGCCCAGGAGAAGCAUCUUAACAUCAGGCAGGUUCUGUCGGAGACCCAGCCUGCCCAGUCCCAGACCCGCAUGGAGGCCUCUCCUCUAGGGAGCGCCUUCACCUCCGUAGCCCAGCAUGGUGGGGGGAACAGUGGGGAAAGGAAGAGCGCCUUCAGCCAACCCUCCCGCCACUCUACCUCCUCCUUCUCCCAGAUCUCUCCUCUGGUCAUGACCACGUCCAAACUCCUGGACUGCCACCCGGCGGUGGGCGACACCAUCUCCUCCUCCAGACUCUACCAGGCAGACCACCUGGCCGCCAAACUCCACGGCGCCGAGCUGAGCACCAACUGCCCCGUGCCGGGCGUCAUGUCCAAGCAGAGCCCGUUCCUCUACACGGCGGCUGCUGCCACAGCCUUCUGGCCCAAGAGCCAGGGCCCCAUCCAGCUGCAGAUGCCCUCAGCGCUAACCUUACUACCACCAUCCUUCACCUCUCUGUGUCUGCCCGCCCAGAACUGGUGCGCCAAGUGCAACGCCUCCUUCAGGAUGACCUCUGACCUGGUGUACCACAUGAGGUCGCACCAUAAGAAGGAGUUGGCCAUGGAGCCGAUGGUCAAGAGGAGGCGUGAGGAGAAACUCAAGUGUCCAAUCUGUAACGAGUCGUUCAGGGAGAGGCACCACCUCUCGCGUCACAUGACCUCCCACAACUGACUUUUAGAUCAACAACAAACCGUUUUCACACUUCUCGGCCGAGCCAAACUGAGCCAAGCUGAGCUGAGCUGGCCGGGUUACGGAAUUGCAUCAGGUGAAGGAACCCUUUGCCGGAAAGAAUACAUACUGUAGCCGAGCCAGCACAGUAUGGCUUGGUCAUCCAUGAAGUUACUGGGACAGACCAUAAAGGACUAUGGGAAGAUAAUAUACAGUACGGUUUGGGUCGGCACUAUAGUGGGAAAAGGGUAUCACAUCACUGACCAUGGGGAGGAACUUUUUUACCAUCUGGUUCACUCAGACAGACAGACAUGGAAUUACUGACUGACUGGCUGACGGACUGGCUGACUGGCUGACUGGCUGGCUGGCUG